AAGCGAGGGGCAUACAUUUUCUUUCUCUAUAUAAGUGAAAAAAAUGAUAACGGGCUUUAUUUUUGCUUAAACAGAGAUCACGAAGCCCCAAAGAGGGUGGUGUCCUACGUUCUUUAAAUCUACGAAACCGAAACUCAAGCGGACAUAACGGUGCCUAUAUUUUCGGUUGGUAAAUUUAAAAGGAAAAAAACUCACCGUAACUAUUGAAGCGUAGUAGGGGCAAUUAGGUAAUUGCGGGGGCAGUCUGCUGGUUCUCCGUAACCGUCUCAGGGGGCUGACCGUUUUCUGACGCUCGUUUAGAUUGAGAUUCCUUCCCUCUCAUUUCUCCUAUUAGACUCUUCACUCUUAUUGAUCCCUCCCCUCUCCCCCACCUUCUUCAACUUUAGAUUGAUCUUUGAUCUGAAUCAACACGAUACAUCACUAUCACAAUGGCUACAUAUAAGCCCAAGAACAUCCUCAUCACCGGAGCAGCCGGCUUCAUCGCCUCCCACGUGGCCAACAGACUAGUCCGCACCUACCCUGACUACAAAAUCGUCGUCCUCGACAAGCUCGACUACUGCUCCAAUCUCAAAAACCUCAACCCUUCCAAAUCCUCCCCAAACUUCAAGUUCGUCAAGGGAGACAUCGCCAGCGACGACCUCGUCAGCUACCUCCUCAUAACCGAGAACAUCGACACCAUCAUGCACUUCGCCGCCCAGACCCACGUCGACAACUCCUUCGGCAACUCCUUCGAGUUCACCAAGAACAACAUCUACGGCACCCACGUCCUCCUCGAAGCAUGCAAAGUCACUGGACAGCAGAUCAGAAGGUUCAUCCACGUCAGCACCGACGAGGUUUACGGCGAGACCGACGAGGACGCUUCCGUGGGAAACCACGAGGCUUCUCAGCUGCUCCCCACGAAUCCUUACUCCGCUACUAAGGCUGGUGCUGAGAUGCUUGUGAUGGCCUAUGGUAGAUCGUACGGGCUGCCCGUUAUAACUACCCGUGGGAACAAUGUUUAUGGUCCUAACCAGUUUCCCGAAAAGCUGAUUCCGAAAUUCAUGUUGUUGGCUAUGAGCGGGAAACCGCUUCCGAUCCACGGAGAUGGAUCUAACGUUAGGAGUUAUCUCUACUGUGAAGAUGUCGCUGAGGCUUUUGAGGUUGUUUUACACAGAGGGGAAGUUAACCAUGUGUAUAACAUCGGGACGACGAGGGAGAGGAGAGUGAUUGAUGUGGCGAAUGACAUCUCCAAGCUCUUUGGGACUGACCCUGACUCCACUAUUCAGUUUGUGGAGAACCGGCCGUUUAAUGACCAGAGGUACUUUCUUGAUGACCAGAAGCUGAAGAAACUGGGAUGGUCUGAACGGACCGCUUGGGAAGAAGGGCUGAGGAAGACGAUGGAGUGGUACACGGAGAACCCUGAUUGGUGGGGUGAUGUUACCGGAGCUCUGCUUCCUCACCCGAGGAUGCUGAUGAUGCCUGGUGAUAGACUCUGUGAAGACGGCGAGCGCAAGGAUUCAGAUGGUAAUCAGACGUUCACGGUGGUUACUCCCAACAAGAGUCUUGGUAGUUCUGGAGAGAACAAAGCACCCUUUAAGUUCCUUUUAUACGGCAAGACCGGGUGGCUCGGUGGUCUUCUAGGGAAGCUAUGUGAGAAGCAAGGGAUUCCGUACGAGUAUGGGAAAGGGAGAUUAGAGGAUAGAGCUUCUCUCGUGGCGGAUAUUCGCAGCGUUAAACCUACUCAUGUCUUCAAUGCCGCCGGUGUAACGGGAAGACCCAAUGUUGACUGGUGCGAGUCCCACAAAACCGAGACUAUCCGAGCCAACGUUGCUGGCACUUUGACUCUAGCAGAUGUUUGCAGAGAGAAUGGUCUGUUGAUGAUGAACUUUGCUACCGGUUGUAUAUUUGAGUACGACGCUGCACAUCCUGAAGGUUCAGGGAUUGGAUUCAAGGAAGAAGACAAACCCAACUUCACCGGUUCAUUCUACUCAAAGACAAAGGCAAUGGUGGAAGAGCUUCUGAGAGAGUACGACAACGUGUGCACCUUGAGAGUACGCAUGCCGAUCUCAUCCGACUUGAACAACCCGCGAAACUUCAUCACGAAGAUCUCGCGUUACAACAAAGUGGUGAACAUCCCAAACAGCAUGACCAUACUAGACGAGCUCUUACCGAUCUCGAUCGAGAUGGCGAAGAGGAACCUGAGGGGAGUUUGGAACUUCACCAACCCAGGAGUGGUGAGCCACAACGAGAUACUAGAGAUGUACAAGAGUUACAUCGAGCCGGCUUUCAAAUGGUCCAACUUCACUUUGGAGGAACAGGCUAAGGUCAUUGUGGCACCGCGGAGCAACAACGAGAUGGAUGGUGCCAAGCUCAGCAAGGAGUUCCCGGAGAUGCUUUCCAUCAAAGAUUCGUUGAUCAAAUACGUCUUUGAACCCAACAAGAGAACGUGAAAACCCUCCUUAACACACAUAUUCACUUUUGUUAUAUUAUCCUGCAGGUUGUUUCACUAUAAUGAUUCUACUAUUAUUUUGAUUUGUUUUUUUUUAUUUAUCACAUGAUUCAUUUACUCUCUUUUUGGCACUGUACUACGAUUCAUAACUUUGUUACAUUAUUACAGAAAUAAAUUUAUUUUUGUUAUAAAAUAA